AUGUUUGUCAAGUCAACUGUCGCCGUUGCGCUGUUCGUCAGCUUCGUUGCUGCACAAAGUACCACGUCCAACUCCACCAUCGACCCCGGCACCAUCGAUCCCACCAUGAGAUCUCAAUGGUGCCUUGGUCAGAAGAACACCUGCGGAACUCUCUGCAGUGGGGAUCUCCAAAAUAACGACUGCGAUGUCACCACCCUGACAUUCAACUGCACCUGUGGCGCCAACAGCUCCGAGCCAGGUCUCAUCUAUUACCAGAACACCAUGCCAACCUUUAUCUGCGAGGAGAUCUACAAGCAGUGCAUAGCAGCCAAUGUCGGUGUUGCGUCUGCUCAGGCAAACUGUGAUGCAAACGAGAAGAAGAACUGCGGUCACCUCGAUCCUGCCAAUUUCACUGCCGAAGUCGUCAGCUCGAGCACAAGUGCCUCCUCCACCCCCACCGGUACUGCCACCCCAGCCGCUUCUGGAACCAAUUCUGCUACCAGCUCCUCGACCGCCGCCGCUGCAACCAUGAUGCCUGCUCAAUUCGGUACUGGUGCCAUUGCUCUCGGUGUCGCUGCUGCUUUCGGCUACAUGCUCUAG